UUCAAAUGUUUCCGAAAGGCCAAGACAGCAAGACCACUUUUACAGUUUUACAGCGAUUGAUAUGUAAUUUAUCGCCGCCAUGACGUGUCGUCAUUAUUUAAAUCCAUUAAGAUAACAUAAACACGGGCGAUAGCAAAUUGAUUGUGAAAACAAACGUUCACUUAGUGAUCGACUUUGUGUUUGAGUGGAUACUGUCAGCAACAGGUUUUUAUAGUAUUACAUUAUUCGAGUGUUGAAGGAUUUUCAUUGAAGUUAAUUAACAUGUCUAAUACUACCAUUGAAGAAGAUGCUCUUGUAUUAAAGAGUUACAUCAAGUCAUAUCCAGACUUCCCUUUGCCUGGAAUAUUGUUUAGAGAUAUAUUCAAUGUCUUCCAAAAUAUUGAUGGAUUAAAGUUGUUAAGUAAUAUUUUGAAAAAAUAUGCGAUUGAAAUUGGUGGUAAAGUUGAUUGUGUUGCCAUGUUGGAAGCUCGAGGUUUUUUGUUGGGCACUUUAAUGGCAUUAUAUUUAAAUGUUCCCUGUGUUCCAGUUAGGAAGAAGGGAAAGUUACCAGGAAAAGUAGCUCAAAUAGAGUAUAGUUUGGAGUAUGCUAAAGAUGUAUUGGAAGUUCAAUUAGAUGUUUUAAAAGAAGGAAAAAGAGUUCUGGUCAUUGAUGAUUUGUUAGCAACUGGAGGUACUCUUGAUGCUGCUGUUCAACUUUUGAGGAAAACUGGGGCAGAAGUAGUUCAAGCAGUGGUUAUUAUGGAAUUAUGUGAUUUAGAAGCUCGCAAAAAAUUUGACAUUCCAAUUAAAUCAUUUAUUAAAUACUAAAUGUAAUAAUAUAUAUAUAAUUUAAGAAAAUCAUUUUUUUUAAAUACAAUAAAUAUUUUAUAAAAUA